ACAAAUAUCGAUAUGCAACAACCCUGAAACUCCUAGACUAGACCACCUCGCAGCGCCUCUUGGCUAUUUUAAUAGGAAUUCAGCCAAAAUUAUUCGCAAUAUGGACGAAUCGGAACUGCUUUUCAACCUGUUCUAUUUCCUAUUCUGUAUGGUCAUCAUAUAUCCGCCCGAAGAGUUCCAGCGUCUGGGCUUCACCAUUGAGCAGCUGUUCGCGCGGUUCCUGGGUGACGAGUACCUGGACUUUGUGGGAUAUCAUCUCCGCCGAACUUCGCUAAAUCUCUUCGUGCACUCCUGCCUGCCGUUCUCUUACUUUCUAAUUCACAGACUCAAGUUUUCCGUCUUCGCCAACCAAGAACCCCUCGAGGAUUCUGAGCUCGACCCUGAUUUUCCUAUGCCGCAGGAGGCAGUUGCUUUUAAAACGCUUACUUGGAAGACUGCGCAACGGUUUAGUGUACUGGCCGUACUGGCUGUUCCCGCUCUAAUUUUUAACUGGCAUCAACAGAACUGGAAACGGCAUCCAAUCAACAAGACCCUGUCCAAGUACUCGAACUCACAGGGAAGCUACAGUGCUGUGGCCCGCGACAUUGGAACCGAGUUCCGUAGACCGGAAAUAUACAAAAAGAAACUGAACUCUAUCAGCACUGUGAUUGCAACCGAAAACUGGAUUGUCAAGACUACGUUGUACAAUGUCCACUUUGCUCACCAGAGCAACACCGCGCUUAGUGUAGCCAAGGCGGAGACGUACAACAUCUCGCACCACGACCAGAACGACACAUUGCAGAUGAUCAGCAUCAUAGUGCGGCCGAUGCGGCAGGGCGUAUCUGAUUUUCACAUUCGGAUCAACGCGCUGGAGUUCAGAAAUCUGGAGGACCGUGUUAGACGACCCAUCUCCAUUCCUUCCAACAUACAGUUCCACCGGAACGUCAUCGAUCGUUUUGUGGAUGUGUUCAAGGCCCAAGUCGCCCUCAACCCAGUCUUUCGCGCGGAUGCAACGACGGACAAGUGCUUCGCGUGCAUGCUGAACGAACCGAACACCAAGAUCCACAAGCAAUGCGCAGACGUGGAUCGCAACGGCGCUCCCCUAGCAGAGGAGGCUUGCUGCUCCAACUGCUACUGUCGGCCAAUGUGGUGUGUUGAGUGCUUGGCCCGGUGGUUUGCUGCACGCCAAACGGAUGUGGAUCGGGAGAUGUGGCUGGAGCAGAAGUGCACCUGCCCGAUGUGCCGUGCGAAGUUCUGUGUGCUGGACGUAAGCUAUAUUAGAGAAUCUGAUACGGCAUCAGCGACCCAGCCCAGCGGGACUACAUUGUCGUGAUUCGAUACUCGGUUAAGGUAACUGAUAGACAGCACAGAACUCUUAAAUUGAACCUCGUUCUUUAUUGGUCAGAUACAAUUGUAACCACUUUGACUAAAUGUAAGACUUACAAUAACAUAGAUAUAAACUUAAAGAUAUGCAUAUA